AUGUGGAGGCGCACUUACUUGCUCCUGCUGUUCCUUCGUGUCUAUUUCGCGUUCUCCUCGAGCUAUCUACAUCCUGAUGAGAUCUUCCAAGGACCAGAAGUCGUCGCAGGGGAACUAUUCGCAUUCCACAAUGUGCGAACCUGGGAAUGGACCGUCGCGAAGCCCAUUCGGAGUGUGUUUCCAUUAUGGCCAGUAUAUGGGUUGCCAAUGGCCUUGUUGAAGGCAUUGUGGUCAAGAGAAGGUGAUGGUGUGGUAUCUCCAUCUGUCAUAUACUACACUCUCCGAUUUGUCAUGUUCGUUCUUUGUUUCGUGCUGGAAGACUGGGCCAUCUAUGAACUUGUGCACUCUCCAAGAAAGCGAAAGGAUGCUGUCACACUGGUCGCAUCAUCAUAUGUGACCUGGACCUUUCAAACGCAUACUUUCUCCAACUCGGUCGAGACACUGCUCGUGCUCUGGUGCCUGGUGUUGAUGCAGAGAAUAGCAGGCAACGGCUCACAAACCCGACCAUCAAGUCCUUCCGACGAGAAACCAGGACUCAGCUCCGAUGCUGUACCUCGAAGACUGUACAUUGCUUCUGGGUUGAUUCUGGGGUUCUUGGUUGUGUUUGGCUUUUUCAACAGGAUCACUUUUCCAGCUUUUCUAUUGAUACCCGGCAUACAACUGCUGCCACAUCUUUUGAAUAGACCUCUAGCUUUGAUAGCUUUGCUAGUUUCAGGCGCCUUCUGGCUCUUUGUCGCAAUCGCAACAGAUACUGCUUUCUACACCGGACCAGCCGCGACCACAUCCUUUUCAGCACUAUUCGGUUACAUCCAUACCAUGCCUAUCAUUACACCUAUCAAUAAUCUCAUGUACAACACCAAAGCCUCGAACUUAAAGCAGCACGGCCUGCAUCCUCACUACCAGCAUAUUCUAGUCAACCUUCCUCAACUACUCGGGCCGGCGCUUUUAUUGCUAGUGCCUCGCCCCUUUCACUUCUCGAGCUUCAAUGUGGAACAUAUGCUUCGCAAUACACGACUCACAGCCGCCAUUACAGGCACGGUCAUCCUCAGCAUAAUUCCACAUCAAGAACCUCGUUUCCUGCUUCCAUGCAUUCCUCUCAUUCUCACCUGUGUUUGUCUGCCAGACUCCAAGCUCUGGCGCAGGCGCUUCUGGACCGCCUGGCUGAUCUUCAACGGUAUCAUGGGCGUUUUGAUGGGUAUCUACCACCAGGGCGGCAUUGUCUCCGCACAGCUGGCAAUGCCCGACCUCAUCCAGAACUCUCUCACGAAUACGCAGAGCACAGCGAAGCAAGUCGAAGUCUACUGGUGGAAGACAUACCCUCCCAGCUUGUACAUGCUAGGAGCACCAAUACGGAACCCGUUUACAAACGAGGUCAUCGACGUCACGACAGACCCCUUACUCGGUGCAAACAGAACAACCCUUCUAAACAGCCUGACAGCCAAUCUAGAUUCCUGCGAAAGUCGUGGCUCUAUGCUUCACAAGUUCACCAGCGCAAUCUCGUCCGACAAUCCACACCAAGUCAUCCUCGUAGCACCCUUCUCCGCCUUUCGCUUCGACUCAGAAGCCACAAUACCGCCAAUCUCAAACUUCACAUUCGUCCUGCCAGACAGUCAUAGCCCUAACGAUAGAACAGGCAACGGCCUACGUCUGACACACCUAACGACGUUCAGAAAGCACAUCAACCUGGACGACAUGGAUUUCGGAGACGACGGAAUUCUAGCUACGCUGAAAAGAGUCGUGGGACUGAGAGGAUUAGGUGUUUGGAGGAUUACGGCAGAGUGUGUCGGGCUAGAGGUGGAAAUAUAA